CGGAAGUGAGCGAGUGCGGAAGCGGUAGGGCUGCAAACUGGACAGCCGAGCUGCGAAUACUUGCUGAAAGCCUUAAAGCCUGUGUGUCUCCGAAUCGCCUUUACUUCUGUGUCCAAAAUGUCUAAAAACACAGUGUCCGACCGGUUCAGGAAAGUAGACGUGGAUGAAUACGACGAGAACAAGUUUGUGGACGAGGAAGAGGGAGGAGAGAACCAGGGUGGUCCGGACGAAGCAGAAGUCGACGGUCUGCUCAGACAGGGGAACAUGAAUGCAGCUCUCCAUGCUGUGCUGAAGAACCCUCCAAUCAACACCAAGAAUCAGAACGCCAAGGAGCGAGCGGAGCUGCUGGUGGUCAAAGUGCUGAGCAGCUUUAAGAGCAGUGACAUCGAGAAAGCUGUCGGGUCACUGGACCGAGCCGGAGUGGACCUGCUGAUGAAAUAUAUCUACAGAGGCUUUGAGAAACCCUCCGACAACAGCAGCGCUGUGCUGCUGCAGUGGCACGAGAAGGCUCUGGCAGUGGGAGGAGUGGGCUCCAUAGUCAGAGUCCUGACUGCCAGGAAGACCGUCUGAUCGUCCAAGACCCCACAGAGUCCAUCUGCAAUCGAACGUUGGUCAAUGAUCUGGCCAAACACAGUCACCGGAGCUGAUGACGGAGACAAGUCUCUUCUUUUCCCGCUUUCAGACACAAGCCCCAUCUUUUCUUACUGGAACUGAGCGUCUUCCUGAUGCAGUUCUUUCCGCUUUUUUGUUUCUGCAUUCACUGUUUUCAGCUGCAGCUCUGGGAUGUAGAAGCGCUGGCAGUCAGACAGGAAGGCGCUGGCACCUCAGACUGUCUGCGUUUGCCAGCUGAGCAGAGAGAGGACACGUUUCAGAUGCUUCACUCAGACACAUCCUGUCCGAAGCGGCUCCUCGCGCCUUUCAAAACCGCUUCUCAGCUGCUCUGAUGCCUCUGCUGGCUCACUCUAUCACCUCCCCUCUUCUACUUCUCUCCUCCUUUUCCUCCUCCUCCUUCUUCCUCUCUGAAGCCUCUGAGUCAUCCAGGUUGAGGAAAUGGAAAAGUUCUUGGUUGGACUGUGAUGACCUGUCCACAGGGCAUUUCCCUGCCUUUUGCCCCAGUGCAUGCUGGGUUCUCCCCCCCCCCCCCUUAACAUUCUAACUUCUGAACAUCUUUGUUCAUUGACUAUAUUUUUUUCUAUUUAGACCAAUUCCACAUUGCUGAUAUUGUUUCUUUUUAUAUCUGGAAAUAAAAGAAAAGGAAAAUGUU